UAAUUAAUUUGCACGUUCACUAAUAAACCCUUUUAGUGAAAAUUUUUGCUCCGCCACUGAUAUGCAGUAUUAUUUUACAUUUUUAUAUGAGGCGAUUUUCAUAAUUCAAAUUUGUGAUCUUCAAAUCACACACCGUUACUCCAAAGCUCCCCUCAAAAAAAUAAAAUAAAAAAUACAGUAACUUCAAAAAAAAAAAAAAAAAAACAUAGGCUCCCCUUCCCCACUUUAAAAAGCCUCUAAUUACCCCACUUCACAGUUCACGCUCUCAAUUUUCUUCAUUUCUUCACCAAUUAUCCAAAAAAUUUCCCCUACAAAACUCCAUUUUUUUCUCAAAUUCUUUGGAUUCAUAACUUCCAUGAGCAAUCAAAUUGGCAGCCGAAAAGUCAUAGUAGAAGUUUGCAAUGCCAAAAAUCUCAUGCCGAAAGAUGGCCAAGGCACUGCUAGUGCCUUUGCCAUAGUAGAUUUCGAUGGCCAACGACGUCGUACUAAGACCAAGUUUCGAGACCUCAACCCGCAAUGGGAUGAACGUCUCGAGUUCUUGGUCCACGACGUCGAUUCAAUGGCCAACGAAACACUUGAAUUAAACGUUUAUAAUGAUAAGAAAACUGGGAAACGGAGUCAUUUCCUCGGAAAAGUUAAGAUUUCCGGCAGCACAUUUUCUUGUGCUGGAUCGGAGUCGCUUGUUUAUUAUCCGUUAGAGAAACGGAGUGUUUUCUCGCAGAUUAAAGGUGAGAUUGGGCUUAAGAUUUGGUACGUCGACGAAGAAGCUUCACCUCCUAACUCAUCCCCACAAACUGAUGAUAAUAAAAAGGAGGAAACUGCUCCGGCAGCAGCGGCUGAAAGUACCCAAACUCAGCUCUCGUCGUCCGAAACAGAAGCAGAGAAACCAACUCAGACACCGGCUUCGGCUCCUUCUGAUGAGAACAAAGAGGAGCCGGGGGCGGAGAAGAAGGAAGGUGAUGAAAAGCCCAAUGAAGAAAAGAAGGAAGAAAAGCCCCCGGAGAAGAUCGAACCAUCACCACAACAACCACCAACACCGCCGCAGUCAGCAGAAGUAGUGGAGCAACCACAUCCACCUAUAGCACAGAACAAUCAACCAAACAAAGCUCCACAAGCAAAUGCAAAUGCAAGUGAGCUCAAAAUCCUCCGCCAGACACUCUCAACCGGCGUAGAUCGUCGAACAGGGGUAUUUGAUCUCGUAGAUCAAAUGCCAUUCCUGUACGUUCGCCUCGUGAAGGUGAAACGGGCUCAGAAUGAGCCGGAGCCGGUUUCGCCUGCUUAUGCAAAGCUGGUGAUUGGUACUCACAGUGUAAAAACCAAAUCGCUCGUAGAUAACAGAGAUUGGGACCAAGUUUUCGCGUUCGACAAAGAUGGAUUGAAUUCAACUUCGUUAGAACUCUCCGUUUGGAUCGAAAAGAAAGAUGCCGAUGACAAGACCGUCGAAAAUUGCAUUGGAAAUGUGUCGUUUGAUCUUCAGGAAGUGCCUAAACGAGUGCCCCCUGAUAGUCCAUUAGCUCCACAAUGGUACAGUUUAGAAAGCGUAAAUGGCGAGGAUCAAACAAAACUGGGAAAUGACGUAAUGCUGGCGGUGUGGCUCGGUACUCAGGCGGACGAGGCAUUUAACGAGGCGUGGCAGUCGGACUCCGGUGGGUUGAUACCAGAAACCCGAGCCAAAGUUUACCUUUCUCCGAAGCUGUGGUAUUUAAGGCUAACGGUUAUCCAAACCCAAGACUUGCAGUUAGGUUCGGGUGGGACCGAGCCUAAGGUUCGGAGUCCUCCGGACCUUUACGUGAAGGCUCAGCUCGGGGCCCAGUUGUUUAAGACAAGCCGAAUAACAGUCGGCUCGUCUAGCUCGGCGGCCAAUCCUACGUGGAAUGAGGAUCUUGUAUUCGUAGCCGCCGAGCCGUUUGAGCCGUUUUUGGUGAUCACAGUAGAAGAUGUUACUAGUGGUCAAGUGGUGGGGUAUGCUAAGGUGCAGGUAACGUCUAUCGAUAAGCGUAUGGAUGAUAAAUUGGAGCCGAGAUCAAGGUGGUUCAAUUUGAUUGGCGAUGAGAAAAAGCCAUAUGCCGGUAGAAUACACGUGCGGACUUGUUUGGAGGGUGGUUAUCACGUGCUGGAUGAAGCAGCACAUUUAACAAGUGAUGUCAGAGCCACGGCAAAACAAUUGUCCAAACCACCUAUUGGAUUGCUUGAGGUUGGUAUUAGAGGGGCCAACAAUCUCCUCCCUGUGAAGACGAAAGAUGGUACUCGUGGCACUACCGAUGCCUACGUGGUGGCUAAGUACGGCCCCAAGUGGGUCCGGACACGUACCAUUCUUGAUCGGUUUAAUCCGAGGUGGAAUGAGCAGUAUACGUGGGAUGUGUAUGAUCCUUGCACCGUGCUAACGAUUGGGGUGUUCGAUAAUGGGAGGUACAAGCACGAUGAUGCACUUAAGAAGGACGUACGACUUGGGAAGCUAAGGGUACGUCUCUCAACGCUCGACGCGAAUAAGGUGUACAUGGGUACUUAUUCACUCAUGGUCUUGCUACCUAGUGGUGCAAAGAAAAUGGGUGACAUUGAGAUUGCUUUGAGGUUUACUUGUUCGUCAUGGUUGAGUUUGAUACAAGCUUAUACUAAUCCUAUGUUGCCACGAAUGCAUUACGUGCGCCCAUUUGGUCCGGCUCAACAAGACAUACUAAGGCACACCGCGAUGAGGAUUGUGACAGCAAGAUUGGCUAGAUCAGAACCGGCAUUAGGCCACGAAGUGGUUCAAUGCAUGUUGGAUUCAGACACACACAUAUGGAGCAUGCGUCGUAGCAAGGCGAAUUGGUUCAGGGUGGUUGGGUGUUUGUCUAGAGCAGCCACGUUAGCUCGUUGGCUAGACGGAAUCAGGACAUGGGUGCAUCCACCAACAACAAUCUUGGUACAUAUACUAUUGAUAGCCAUUGUGUUAUGCCCCCACCUAGUCCUCCCUACAAUUUGUAUGUAUGCAUUCUUGAUCAUUUCCUUAAGGUACCGGUAUCGCCAACGUGUGACAAUCACAAUGGACCCUCGAUUGUCCUAUGUCGAUGCAAUUGGACCCGAUGAGCUCGAUGAAGAGUUCGAUGGGUUCCCUAGCUCAAGGCCUAUGGAACACGUUCGUGUCAGAUACGACAGGUUGAGGGCACUAGCAGGAAGGGCACAAACACUACUAGGUGAUGUAGCAGCACAAGGUGAAAGACUAGAAGCAUUGUUCAAUUGGAGGGAUCCUAGAGCUACUUGUAUAUUCGUGUUCGUCUGCUUAUUUGCUUCAUUGGUGUUUUAUGUUGUACCAUUCAAGGCAUUUGUGUUAGGGUCAGGGCUGUACUAUUUACGCCACCCUCGGUUCCGCGAUGACAUGCCAUCGGUCCCCGUUAACUUUUUCCGGCGACUGCCACCACUCUCAGAUCAAAUUCUUUAAGAUUGUUAGGUGGUUUUUUUGGUUUUUUGUUUUAGCUUUAGGCUUAUGUAACUGGUUUUCAUGUUUUUUUUUGGUGUAAAACAAACAUGGUAUAACUUUUUGUUUAAUUCAUUGUUUUGGUUUCUCAACAAUAUAUGUAUAUUUUGACCGUUGGGGGUAUUGGGACAAAUAUUUAUGUACUUUUUGGGUUGGUGGGAAGUGUUAAAAAGUGGACCAUAAAUUGGAUUUUAAUGAAAUGACCGUUAGAUGAGUCAUACCAUAUGUUAUGUAACUUGCAGCUGAAAAAAGGAACCAAAAGUGCUUUAUUUUUAU